GCAACCAUUUUUCAUCACUCAUGGCUCUUUCUUGUUCUAAAGUUUCGUCCUUUAAUGGAUUUUCUCUCUCACCCAUUUUUGGAAAUGGUGUUAAGAAGGGAAAUUUAUCUUGUUUUUGUGAUGUGAGUGUUGGUAAGAAAUGGGGUGGUGGAAAGGUUACGGUUUGUGCAGCAACGGUUCCUUUGACUGGGGUUAUAUUUGAACCGUUUGAGGAGGUUAAAAAAGAUUAUCUUGCUGUUCCUAUUGUUCCUCAAGUUUCUUUGGCUCGUCAGAAUUUUGCUGAUGAAUGUGAAUCUGUGAUCAAUGAGCAGAUUAAUGUGGAAUACAACGUUUCCUAUGUCUACCACUCCAUGUUUGCAUACUUUGAUAGGGACAAUGUAGCACUCAAGGGAUUUGCAAAGUUCUUCAAGGAAUCUAGUGAAGAAGAGAGAGAACAUGCUGAAAAGCUUAUGAAAUAUCAGAACGUUCGUGGUGGAAGAGUUGUACUUCACCCCAUCAAGAAUGUGCCCUCAGAAUUUGAGCAUGUGGAAAAAGGGGAUGCAUUACAUGCAAUGGAAUUAGCUUUGUCUUUGGAGAAGUUAACAAAUGAAAAACUUCUGAAUGUGCAUAGUGUGGCGGACCGCAACAAUGACCCUCAAAUGACAAGCUUCAUUGAACAUGAAUUUCUGGGUGAACAGGUUGAAUCAAUUAAGAAGAUAUCAGAGUAUGUGUCUCAAUUGAGAAGGGUUGGAAAGGGUCAUGGUGUUUGGCACUUUGAUCAAAGACUUCUACAUGAGGAACAUGCUGUUUAAUCAUGAAUAGCCUUCUCUAGUAUCUGUCUACGUUUGAUCUUUUAUCAAGUGCUUGGUUGUUUUCUGUUGUAACUUGUAACAUAGUUUUUCCUACGUACUGAGAUUGCAGAACUUAGAGUAAUGUAAUUUUGCUAGUGUGACAUGCAUAAGGUUACAAGCCUUGUGCAGUAACAUAUGUUAACCGCUUUUAAUAAUUUCUAUCUUCAAUAAAAAAAGAGGUUAUCAUGUUUUGUUCA